AUGGUGCUCCGCAAACAGCCUCCACCUCGCCUUGAUAAUCUUAAUAAAGGGAAUACUCGCCCGGCCACUCGUUCCCCAACCUCUCCGUCCUCAGCCUCCUCCCACCGUCGGCGCUUAAAUCGGAUUCCCUCCAAAGAGUCCAUAUACUCUCCCGAUCUCAACACCUCACCUGCAUUCGACCUAAUGCCACUGGAAGAAGCUCAAAGGUCCCCGGUGGGCUCGCCAACUACCUACCCACCAAAUUCUUGGCCAGAAGAUAGGGAGGAUCGAAUUGUCCAUAAUAUACCCAAUUCAGAAACAUAUCCGGGGGGCACAAUGCAGAAAGUAGAGGAAGUACCAGUGGCUCUCAUGUCGGGCGCAUCGCAGACGGCGCACGCCAGUGAAGUAGCGACUGGGGAGGUACCGGUACAACUACGGUCUAACAAUCCAUUCUUAAAACCAAGACCGCCGAUACCCUCACAAAACACGUCGGAAGAUUGGAAUCGACAUUCAAAUGCAACCACCAAUAGUGACCCUUUGAGUCAAACGGAGGGAUAUAUCCCAAUGACAGCCAGACUAUCACUUCUGGACCAGGAGGAUGAGUCCCCAUGGGCUGAUCACCAAGGAUCUCACCCAGAAGCUCAUUGUGCGGUGCCGAGCGACUUACCUCCUGAUCAAUCGCCAUGGGGAUCACAGCAUUCAAUUAAGAUCUCAGCCGCUCAGGAGAUUUAUUUACAAGGGGGACAGGCCAAUCCAUACGCUCCAGCAGUAGUUGUGCAACCGUCUGAUUCAACUGAAGAUAUCUAUCAUUCACAACAACCUUACUCACAUGGUAGAUUGGGCUCAGAUGCUGGCGCUCACACUCCCUCUGCUUUCUCUAGCGCCACAUCAGCAACGUCGCAUGAAUUGAUCGACAUCGAUCCUCAUGAAACUCUCGGGGUGGAGGCCGAUUCACACAAAGCAGCAUCUUCGGUUUACUCUGCUGAUGGAGCCCACCCAAAGACCGAGACCGGACUGUUGGAUAGACCAUUACCAGCAAUUCCAUCAUCCUCACAACAGGAGGAUACGCCAACCCAGUCAUUACCGACCCCGAUCGUCAAGCUUUCUCCCGCCGAAGAAGCAAGGCAGCAGGAGCAGCGCUCGGAAACAUACUCUAUUCGACAAAUCAAUUGGAAGGAUCGGACGGGCAAUAUGCAGCAGUCCCCUAUCCUGGUUCAAAACAAUAAUGGGCCGUGUCCGCUGCUUGCGCUUAUCAAUGCGUUAGUGCUGCGAGCAGACCCAACGACACAACCGCCGAUUGUCAAAGCUUUGCGGACCCGUGAACAAAUUUCUCUUGGGCUGUUGAUCGAGGCCUUAUUUGAGGAAUUGAUUACUCGCCUGAGCCCCGAUGAUCGAUUCCCAGACAUUGAGUCACUUUCUCGGUUUCUUACAAUGUUGCAUACUGGCCUGAAUGUGAACCCACGCCUGACAGUGGACACGGCGGAUUCACUUGGCACAUUCUUACAAACCCCCGAUCUUCAGUUGUACAGUACAUUCGGCGUGCCUUUGAUUCACGGAUGGCUUGCUUCGUGGUCAAGCGAAGCUCACGCGGCCAUGACUCGGGUCGCUCAAUACCAUGAGGAUAUUCAAUUGUUGCAUUUCCGCAAGCAAGAACUGGAGGACUCGGUGAUGCAAGGAAAGUCAUUGACCCCGGAAGAAGAGCAAAAAAUGGCAGACAUACAAACCAUUCAAUACUUUGUGGACAUUGAGAAUGCGACACAGCUUAGCCCUUUUGGGUUGACACAGUUGAGUACACAGCUGGCCCCAGGCUCGGUCUCAAUUUUCUUCCGCAAUGAUCAUUUCUCCACACUCUACAAACAUCCGGAAUCCCACCAGCUUUUCAUGCUAGUAACGGACGCUGGCUACGCAAACCAUGCCGAAGUGGUCUGGGAAUCUCUUGUUGACGUGACCGGGUUCAACUCCGAGUUCCUUGCCGGUGACUUCCGUGCUGUCGGCCACGGCCCAUCAGGGUCUGCAGGCCCAGCUGGUCCGCGCACCUCAAGUGCUCCGCCAGCUAGUGAGCUUGCUCCAGCUACUGAGUCGUCCGGCAGGUUGUCACCACAGGAACAAGCUGAUGCAGACUAUGCCUACGCCCUUUCACUCCAGUUCCAAGAAGAGGAGCAGCGCGAGAGACGAAAUAGUCAGCAAAGGAGCAACAGCCAACAAGGGAACAACCCUCCGCAAGGGAACAAUCCUCCGCCGCAACCACCAAGGACCAACAACCGCAACUCAACACCUAUCCGCUCACCUAACGCGUCGAGUAUUCGCAUGAAUAAUCCACCAAACCGGUCUUCAAGCACGGCAAAUACCGUGGGUAUUCGACCCGCACGGCCACAGACAGCGCCCCAUACUGAGCCCGAUCCGGAUGAUCCAAAUGCGCCGCCGCCUCCUUACGAAGCCGUGAACCGGCGGCCACAGCCACAGUACUCGCCGCCAGCGAGGCAGUCCCCUUUCACGGAAUUCCCUAGCGAGUAUUCUUCAAAUCAAUACCCAGGAAAUCGAAACCCACGGAAUAAUCGUUAUCCCAGCUAUGGGAACCGACCUGAACGAUAUAACCCUGACGAGAGAAAAGAUUGCAUUCUGAUGUGA